UCGUCACUCAAAGAAUGUUAUCCGAUGAUAAUAGUUAACAUUAACACAACCCGCUAUAGUUUUCGAUUUGUAAACACGACGGAAGACAGACAGCUAUCUAUCCGUGUUACGGUAGGAACGUCUGACGAGGUAGCACAGAUAGUCAGUAUGGACCUAAUGCUCUACCGUGGGAUUUUGACACUGCUCACUAAUGACGAACUAAAGCAGACUGGACGAGUGGUUCCAAUAGGAGGCGUGUCACUGGGCUUCAGAGGGGGAGAGCGGUCUCACAGCAGUAGCAGGGAAGAUGGCAACUCUCGCAUCUCUCACCCAGGUGGUGAGUGGGAAUCCUGUUUAUGAAAACUUCUACAGACAGGUGGAUCCUGAAAACACUGGCAGAGUAGGACCAACAGAAGCAGCACUAUUUCUCAAAAAGUCUGGACUACCUGACAGUACAUUGGGGAAGAUUUGGGAUUUGGCUGAUCCUGAAGGAAAAGGCUAUUUGGACAAACAGGGAUUUUAUGUUGCUCUCCGUUUGGUGGCCUGUGCGCAGAGUGGUCAGGAAGUCAGUGUUUCUAACAUCAACCAAACUGUCCCUCCUCCACAGUUUAAGGAUACCAGCAGUCCGUCUUUGAGCAGCACAACCUCUUUGUCUUGUGAAUUGCUGUGGGCUGUUAAGCCUGAGGAGAAGAAUAAAUUUGAUGGGAUUUUUGAAAGUCUGGUGCCCGUCAACGGCCUUCUGUCAGGAGAGAAGGUCAGACCAGUCCUCAUCAAUUCCAAGCUACCUCUUGAUGUCCUUGGCAAGGUUUGGGAUUUGAGUGACAUUGAUAAAGAUGGCCAUCUGGAUAAGGAUGAAUUUGCAGUGGCCAUGCACCUUGUGUAUCGGGCCUUAGAGAAGGAGGCCAUUCCCGCCCUCCUCCCCUCUGCCCUCAUCCCUCCAUCAAAGAGGAAGAAGAGCCUCUGCUCAGUGCAAGGUCCUAUUUCUGGACUACCAGCCAGCCCCCCACCACUAAAAGACUCACUACAUUCCACACCCUCCCAUGGCAGCAUGACAUCACUCAACAGCACCGGCAGCCUGUCACCCAAACACACUCUCAAGUCAGGACUGCAUUCACUGAACUGGGUGGUGCCAUUGUCAGAACGUGGUCGCUAUGAUGACAUCUUUCUGAAGACGGACGCAGAUCUGGAUGGCUUUGUCAGUGGACAGGAAGUAAAGGAUAUCUUCAUUCAAUCUGGACUUUCUCAGAACAUCCUUGCACAUAUAUGGUCGUUGGCAGAUACAAGACAGAUAGGCAAACUGAACAGGGAGCAGUUUGCCCUUGCGAUGCACCUCAUCCAUCAGAAAGUAGGCAAAGGUAUUGACCCACCCCAAGUCCUCACUGUUGACAUGAUACCUCCGUCAGAGAGAGGAACUCCCAUACCUACAAUGUCUGGAUAUAUGACUCCAGUAGGAUCAGAGAUGGUUGCUCUGUCAGAAAUGAGAAGGGACAGCUCUAGUUCAGUGGGUUCAGGGGAGUUCAGCGGCAUCAAGGAGCUUGAUGAUAUUAGUCAGGACAUAGCCCAGUUGCACAGGGAGAAGUACUCUCUGGAUCAGGAUAUUAGGGAGAUGGAAGAAGCUAUCAGACAAAAGAGUGCUGAGGUGCAGGAGAUGCAGAAUGACAUGGACAGAGAGACAACCAAUCUGCAGGAACUGGAGGCGCAGAAGCAAGAUGCUCAGGACCGUUUGGAGGAGAUGGAACAGCAAAAGCAUAAAUUGGAAGAUAUGUUGAAUGAAGUACGCCAGAAGUGUAAGGAAGAAUCUCAAUUGAUCUCAACUCUUCAGAGACAGAUCCAUUCUCAGGAGUCGGAUUUGCAAAACCAGGAGGAAGAGCUUAGCAGAGCAAAGGCUGACUUGGACCAUCUACACCAGGAGGAGAGACAGCUGGAACAGAGCCUGGCUGCUGGCAAGAUUCAACUGGAAACCAUCAUUCUUUCACUGAAGUCGACUCAGGACGAAAUCAACCAAGCUCGCAGCAAGUUAUCCCAGAUUCAGGACUGUCAGCAGGAGAUGUCUAAAGGAAUUGAGCAGUACAGCAGCACCUUAAAUGGUACCAAUGGAGGCAGUAUGACAAACCUGGCCGACAUGAGCGAAGGCUUCAAUGACAAAGAGAGUGGAGGCUUUUCAGCUGCAGGGAAGGGAAGACAGGAAGAUAUAUUCAAAGUUAAGCCAUCAGUGUUCUACAAUCAGCCUCAAGACCUUCAGUCGGACCUUUUCAACGCUGAAGAUCCAUUUAAAACGGACCCAUUCAGAGGUGACCCAUUUGAAAGUGACCCAUUUGGAAAGGCAUCAUCUACAUCGACAGAUCCCUUUGAAGGAGAUCCAUUUAAAGAAGAAGAUCCAUUCAAGGCUUCAUCAGAAGAUUUUUUUAAGAAGACUACAAAGAUGGAUCAUUUUUCCACAACAGACCCUUUUUGUAAAAGUGCCACUAUACCCUCCAAGCAAACAAGUCACUUUGCAGGAGGUGACCCAUUUUCUACAAACCACCAGAAACCCAGAGAAUCAGAUCUGUUCACAACACUGGACCCCUUUGGGAGUAGUACGUUCAAUAGUGCCACUAACAGCUGCACUGGCUUUGCAGACUUCAGCCACAUGUCAAAAGCCAGAGACCCCUUUGAAGGAAGGGCCAACUGGCUUCCAGAUUAUCAGAAGCCAGUAUUUGUAGAUGACCCUUUCACCAGGAAAACAGACAUGCCAGCUCUGCCACCUAAAAGAAGUAUACCACCAAGGCCCAAACCACCCAGCGGUACAACAACACCAGUAAGCUUUAUUGCCCCAGCAGAUCCUUCCAAACCAUGUGAUCCUUUCCAGGCUUUUGGUGCUGAUGUCAUAGACCAUUUCCCAGCUAAAAAAGGUCUAGGUGACCCAUUCAGUGGAAAAGAUCCCUUCAUCCCAUCAUCAGCAUCAAGACCUGAUAAAGUCAAGUUUGGUAACGAAGCUCAGCAACUUGAAUGGGCCAAGCGAGAGAGUGAGCGGGCCGAGCGAGAUCGACUGAAACGGCUCAGACAACAGGAACAGGAGGACCUGGAGCUGGCCAUUGCCCUUAGCAAGGCAGAGAUGUCUAAUGCAUGACAUCUAAAUCUAACAUGCAUCUAACUCAGAUGACAUUAUAAUACAAACACAUCUACACACACGCACACACACACACAACCAUGCACCACCAUACUUAAAUAGCUGCAAAACCUGUUUGGAUGCAUGACAAAAAAGUGAUUUAAUAGAUGAUAUGAAGAAGAACUUUUGAAGGAUGUAUACACUGUGUAUUAAUUACCACUUUAGUUCUGGAUAUCAAGGAUGAUCCAUGAAGUAAGUCACGCAGACAAAACAAUUCACCAGGAUUUGAGUCUACAGCAGCUCUUUUUCUGGUACUUUCACAAUGUGAAAACACAGCAUGUCAGUUAACCUGGAAUUGAACAACAAAGAAACUAACAAAUGUAGAUUCAUGUCAUAGUGACAAACUGAUGGGAAGAGUGUUUUCUCUUCCAACAUUUGAUAGAAUUUGGCAUUUAGAUUUUGUGCAUAAUGCCACAAAAAAGAGAUUUAACAAGAAAAUAAUCAGGUUUAAGAAAAUUAGAUGAUUACUAAAUACUUGAUUACUUGGUUAUGUCUUACUAAUAACAAUCAGUAAGACAUAACCAAGAGGUGAGAUAUCAAGAUUUUAAGGACUCUAAAAUCUUUAUCUGAUAUACAGAAAUGAGGUAGAUAUUCAAUUUUUCACUCUGUUUUUAGAAUGCUUUCAAAAUAGCUUGAUAUUCCUCUUUGUGCCACACAAAAUUAGCCCAGAAUCUCAAGCAAGACAGAAUUGUUCAGAGAUUCCAAAGUACCAGAGCUCUGUUGAGACAUCAGCCGUUGAAAUCAGUCAUUUCCAUACAGCUGUGGAGGACUGCAAGGCACAAACUCAAACUGAGUUGGGCACAAGCCUGCCAGGUUGGGCUUGUGCCUCCAAAUCUCCAAAACUAGUGAGAGGACACCACAAGCAGGCCAGGAAAGUCCUGCCCAAAGACACAGUGACUGAGGAGGACAGAGCAGAGGUCAACCUGUGUUGUCCCCCCCACAGGUUAGAAGGCAAACUCAAACCUCCUGAGUCACCAUUCCCCAAUCCCAAACACUUUCUGAUUUAGAUCAAAUAUAUUUGUAUUAUAUAAGAUUUUAUUCAUUAUUUUUUAAAAUUCAAAAUUCAACAAACUUUGCAAUAUUUGGUAGAAUUGCUCUGUAAACUAUAUACAGGGUCAACGCUAGUAGAAUCUGUUUUGUUAGUAUGACAAGAAUGAGGCAGAAGGUUAACAUGUACUUUACUUCACAUCACAACUUGCACAUAUACAUUGGUUAAUAUGUUACACGUCAAGAUAACUGUACACAACAUCUCCCCCUUUUGAGGAAGAGAAAGGAAAUAAUCCAUCAUCAGUUGAGAUCAGAGCAAAUUUAUUGUUCUAUGUAAGGAUUUUGCUCUAUUUGCCCCAAGCUUUAAAUUUUUGGGAUAAUAUUUGAGAAGUCAUUUUAAUAAUGUUGCAUAAUAUUCUUCCCUCACGUUGUUGUUUGUUGGGAUGUGCAUCUUUCACAUCUUUGUGACUAGAAAAUGCUAACCUAAAUAGUAACAGUCAUUUUUUGACUGGCUAUUAGUUGAGUAUUGAGAAAUGUGAAGUUCAACAUAGAGCUGGCUCUAUUUUGGGAUGCUGUUCUCUGGCUUGCAAAAUAAUGCAGCAAUGGCAAAACACUUAGACACAGUUGGAUCAGAGAACAGAACAUGUCUCCAAAAAUAAACCGUUUGUUCCAGAGUUUAUUAAAAAAACUAUAUUCUCACCUUUCCUCAUCAGGUGGACUUUCACCUGAUGGACUACAGUCCACCUGAUGAUGGAGUAGAACUAGUUUUGUCUUCACAAGGUUUUUGCUUUUAUUCUGUGGUUGCAACACAUGUUCAUCUUUGGGUCACAGAAUGGUCAGGAUAUUUCCUUGCUGUACUUGCAUUAAUGUUUGCUUAGAGAAAAAUUUCACUUUCAGGCACCUAGAAAUAAGUGAUGGAUAAACCAGACAAAAUGGGGUCUAGAAUUCUCAUAUUGUAUAUCUUGAAGAUUUUGUUUUAGAUUUUAUCAUAGGUAUGAUGUGUGUUUGAAGUGAUGCCAAUAUCCACAAGGUGAUAGGCAGAGGAACAGUUUUUUCAGUCUGAACUCCUGACUCUAAAAAAGUAGUAAAAAAAACUUUUUUGAGAAAUCUUUUUUUUACUCUGGUGUUUAGCAAAUAAAAAUAAUUUUGGUAAAAAAGGAACUGUUUAGUCUGAUUUAACAACAGAAAUUAAAAGGGGGCAAAUUUAGCAUCUUUCUGAAUGUAAAUAUCUGGUUUCAACUGUACAUGAAUUCCAGCUUGGCUGCAUCUUGGAAUCAUCCCAGAACAAGUUGGGACAUCAAAGCUGCAAACAUUUGUCAGCUCGACCCUACCCUUCACCACAGAGUGUAUUUAUAUACAGCAGCCAACAUCCUGAACCCCUGAGGAUGACUCUCAUCCCUGCAAAGGACCCACAGGAUAUCUGGGUUUCUCUGCUGAACAUUAUGUGUGUGACCCACAAAACAUGUUCCACAAUGGACUUUCCUCAAGCCUGGAGUUUUCCCCUUCACACUCCUAAGUAUUGCAUUCCAGGGUAGUUGGUAUGUUCUUUGGCAGUAUUUGUUCUUUUUUUGUUGUUUUUCUGAGUAAGCAAAGUGUGCAAACCUCAACAAGUGCUACCCUUUCAUCAGAGUUGUGACUUUAUUGCAGGAACUUAUAUUAGUUUGUUUAUGUGUUUUUUUAUAACUUGCUGCAUUGAAAUUACUACAACAAAUAGUCCAGGGACUGGAAAUUCAGUCUGAGGCGUUUUCAGAUGGUUAGAUAUCAGAGAGUUACCAAAGCACUAUUUUUGGUGUGUUGGUGAUACUGUGUAAUAUCAGGAAAACAUGCAACAAUAUGGUGAAUGUUGCAAUAAUGAUGUGAUUUAUAAUGAAAAUACAAAUAAGUAAAUAGUAUUGCCAUUUUUGGUUCAUAGCAGUACUAGCCCCCAAAUAAUGGGUCCAUUCAGUGCAGUCUGAUUCUGGGAAAGAAAGAAAAAAUCUAUUUCAAGGUUUGUAAAGGUUUUGAUUUUCUGUGAUUUCUACGUUUUGACAUGGGAAUGCAUCAUGAAUGACCUUCCCAACUCUUUACCUUUUAAAUCAUUUUCUGCUGCAUUCAACAAAUGUCACAAAAUACUUUAGUAGAGUGGGGAGUCUGAAUGCAUAGUUAUUCAAUAAUUAGCUCAAUUUCAAGCAGUUCCUCACAGUAUGUGUAUUAUGUGAUAUAUAUUGUUCUGAUCUAAUAGGUAAGCAUUAGGGAUGGUAUGUAAAAACGCUGUGGCUCCAUGGUAUAUACAAAAAUGUAAAACAUGUAACAUGAUCUUAAAACAUAGAAGCUCUAUUUAGAAGUUGUUCAGCUAAAAUGUCAUUUCAAGCUUAUAGCUAUUUUUGACAAAAUAAGCACUCUCUGGAUUUAGUUUUUAUAUUCUCCCGAGCUGACUUUCCUACAAUGCUGGUUAAUUUCAGUUUUGGCUUUAAUUUACCUCAAAAUAUGCUAAACUAACUUACUACAGUGAAGAAUAUGAAUUGAAAUCAUUUUGGUGAAAGAUGUUGAGGAGACCAAACACACCU